GUCUUUGUAGUUCACCUUCCCUUUAGGAUUUGAGUUAUAUGGUUGCUUUUCUGUUUUUAGGUUCACUCUUAGGUCAUGUUAGUUUCUUCCCUGAUUAGUCAUUGCUUUCACCUGGUCCUCUCCCCACACUCCACACACCUGCAGCUCAUCUGCCUCCCUUUAUGCCCCAUUGUAUGUAAGCCCUGUCUUGUCUCUGUGCCUUGUCGGUCCAUUUGUUCUGUCAGUCUGCCCGGUCCCCUGGUGUUUUUGGAUCUCCUGUUGGUUUCCUGAUUUUUGGAUUUUGGCUCCCUGCCUUUUGGAUUUAUUUCUAUUUUUUGGACUCAUCCUACAAUAAAAGGAUUUUCUUUAUGUCAACUCCUACCUCGUAUCUGCAUCUUGGGUCCUAACCUCCUGCUCCUAAACGUGACAGGCCGCAUUUGCGGUGUCUACUCUGUAUAAUGUCUAUGGUUAACAGGAUGCUUUAAGCCAUGACAUUUGCUCCAUCGUAAACGGUGAAUUAAGUACAGGCUCACAAGCAUAGAAACUCAUUCGUGAACGAUUGUUCCGUGAACUUGUUCAGACAUGGCCGCUGCCUUGCCACCACUCAGUGACUCCCUCGUGGAGAAGCAUCUGCUCUGCUCCAUCUGCAUGGAGACAUUCACCAAUCCUGUCACCACAUCAUGUGGUCACACCUUCUGCAAAAAGUGCCUGGACCUCAGCAUGCUGUAUUCAGACCAGAUGUGUCCACUUUGCAAAAAAUAUUUCAGCAAAAUCCCAGAAGUGAAUAUUGUGCUCCGAGAGGUUAUCCAACAGAUCAAAGUGACAAAAGGCCAAAGGUCCUCUGGGGCAGUGGGUGAAGUGCUGUGUGACACCUGCAUCAAUCCAAAGCUGAGGGCUAAGAAGUCCUGCCUCAUGUGUUUGACCUCAUUCUGUGAAACCCACUUGGAGAAUCACAAGUCACUGAGCCGGCUGAAGGGUCACAAGUUGGUGGAACCUGUGGAGAUGUUGGACAGAAGAGCGUGUCUGGAGCACGGACGUGCACUCGAGCUGUACAGCAGGACUCGGCAGAAGUGCAUCUGUGUCCAGUGUUUAAGAGAAGGUCAGGACGAGGUCAUAUCUGCUGAGGAGGAAUGUAACAGGAAAAAGACACAGCUUGGUAACACCAAGAUGGAGUUGCAACAGAAAAUCCAGACACGGAAAACUAAGAUAGAUGAGAUCAAGAACGCUCUCAAAAGCUGCCAGCGGGAGAUUGAGGAUGAGUGGUGGGACAUUGACGCUGUGUUCACAGCUGUUACUGCCAUUCUGGACGCAGCUCUAGCUACACUGCUGAGACCGCUAGAUGAGAGGAAGCUGUUACUGGAACAAGAAGCAGAUGACCUUAAAGAAAAGCUGGACACUGAAAUCCUCGAGCUAAGCGCUACAGUCUCUGAGCUGGACAACAUAUCUGUACUAGAGGAUCACAUCCUUUUCCUGCAGAAAUACCCUUCACUUUCAAUUCAAAAUGAAAUGAGAGACUGGACGAAUGUGGAACUCGACACAUCUCUGUCUUUUGGCACCAUGAGAGAUACAAUCAUUACAUUGGUUGAAGAAAUUCAACAGGAAGUGGAGAAGCUGACAACCAUAGAACUUAGAAGAGUCCCAAAGUUUAGAGCUGAUGUGAAGCUGGAUCCAAACACGGCACACCAACGCCUAGUCCUCUCAGAUGAUGGUAAGGAGGUGAAAGAUGGAGGACAGGACCAGGAAGUUACUGACACUCCUGAGAGGUUUGACCUGUUUGGCAGUGUUCUGGGAAUAAACAACUUGAGCAAUCAGAGGUCCUACUGGGAAGUGGAGGUCUCAAACAAGCCCGGGUGGGAUCUGGGCGUGGCCAAAGGUGGUGCUAACCGCAAGGGUGGACUCACACUGAGCCCAGAUAAUGGCUACUGGAUCUUGGUACAUUAUGAAGGAGAGAUCUAUGCAGCCAUGUCAUCUCCACCCACUCGUCUCUCCAUAAACAAUAAACCAAUGAGGGUAGGAGUGUUUGUGGACUAUGAGAAAAGCGUUGUCUCCUUCUACGAUGUAACAGCCCAGUCUCACAUCUACACCUUCAAAGACUGUUUGUUCAGUGAUGGUCUUUACCCCUACUUCAGCCCACACAUGAUGCAAGAAGAUGGAAACGUUGAACCUUUGGUAAUUAGAUUUGAGACCAAAACUGACUGAGUAUGGAACUAACUGCUCUGUAUUUCUGUUUGGCUUGAGUAAAGGGGUGUAUAGGGCAACUUACCCCCAUGGGUAAUUGGGAAUAUUAGGAUUAGUAUAUUCAUCGUCAACCCGCUAUAAGCAGACCUAAACAUGCCUACUGCCCUUCAGGAUUUAGAUGUGGCAAAGGCCAUUUAUAUUUCUUACCUUUAUGUUGUAUAAUUUGACUAUAUUGUUGUUAGAUUAAAAUUAGCCAAUAGAUUGUUCCUUUUGUAAAACAAAUGUAACUUUUGACAUUUCAGGUAUUAAGUUGGGGUGUUAGAAUUUUGAAUUUACAUAGAAACCUGACCAACAUGCAAAUGUAAAAUAUGAAAAUGCUUCUUAUCUACGCAUGUUCUACUCUCCUAUGCAACAACAUCUUUGAGGUGUCACUCAUAUCUGUGAACUUCAAAUGACAUUUAAGUGGAUUGUCUCAAAAGUUUAGUUUUGUCCUUUUUUUUUUUAUUUUUACAAAUGAUAAAAAAUUGUUGCUUUGACAAAGACAUUAUGACUUUCUUUCUUAAUCGUUCGAUUUAGGAUAAAUGCCCAACUGGCUUGCCAUACAGUUGCAGAGGGGAUGAUCAGAGACGCAGAUGGUGGAUUUCUGUUCAGGUUUUUCACCAGAAAUGAAACUGAAAUCACAAGACCGGUAAUUAGACAUCAGAAGAACAGGUUUAUUGUUGCAGCAGAAGCAUCACUGGCGGAGACAGAAAGGUAAUGAUAUUAACGAGCUAACAAAGUUAAGCAGGCAUCCUGACCAGAAUCUGCGUGGUUUAGAGUCAAUGGAAAGGUUUUUGUUGUAUUUGAGUCAUAAAAACAGCAUUUAUAAAGAAAUGUUAGGUUACUGGACAACUUUCUGAUGGAAAAUUGAGAAUAAAGCAAAAAGUUUAAUUCAGCAAGA